ACAAGGUCCAGUGGUCCUGAGGGCGAAAUGGAAUUUUCUUUGGAAAAUCCAGCCGUUAGGGCGAUGGAUUCUGUGGAAGUCAUGGGACUUGGAAGACUAAUGGAGGAGAAACGAUGUAUUGGGUCGAAUGAUGGAGCGAAAGAUAACGAGGGAAUCGAGGUCAGACAGAGCUGGAAUGCGGCAUUGAGGGCGGCUUCGCGGCGCGACGUAGCAGACUCGGUGCGUAAGACGCCUUGCGGCCAUUUCUUUCACACUGGCUGUUUACGGCGCUGGCUUGCUGUGAAGGCUGCUUGUCCACUCUGUAUGCAGCCGAUAGAUGUUAUGGCAGGUGUGCAUUCUUAA